UAGGCGGAGAGUAAAGAAAUAAUCUGGAAAUUACUCGGUACUCCGCACCUACACAUUCGUUUGGUAGCAGGGCAAAGAGAGCGCAGUAUUUGUUCGAGACGCAUUGGCGGAGACUGCGAAACCAGGAACCAUCAUUUUUGGCUCUUCGCUAAUCUUUUAUAAAGUCAUUCAUCUCCAAUCUCCGAUUCGAGAUCUCAAGAGUGCAAGAUGGCAGCUACAUCAGCGUCUACCUUCUCAAUUGGGUCCAGUGUCUCCUUGGGCACCAGAGGAAGCUCACUUGCACAACCAAAACCCUUUGGUGUGAGGUUCAACUCCCAGAGUUCACUUGCAAGUUUCCCCAGUCUCAAGGCAGCAACCUCUCUGAACUUUAAACUGGAAACCUCCUUCUUAGGCAAGGAACGUGCUGCAGCUCUUCGAGGCUCUUUCAUACGAAAAGCCCAGCUAUCAAACAAGAGCUCUCAUUGCCUUCAGGUGCAAGCAUCUUACAAAGUAGCAGUUCUUGGAGCUGCUGGAGGGAUAGGUCAGCCACUGGCACUUUUAGUUAAGAUGUCCCCGUUGGUUUCAGCCCUACACCUCUAUGAUAUAGCAAAUGUCAAGGGAGUUGCUGCUGAUCUAAGCCACUGCAACACUCCAUCUCAAGUUCUGGAUUUCACUGGAGCUUCUGAAUUAGCAAAUUGUUUGAACGGUGUGAAUGUUGUUGUGAUUCCUGCUGGAGUUCCAAGGAAGCCUGGUAUGACCCGUGAUGACCUCUUCAACAUCAAUGCCAACAUUGUCAAGACUUUGGUAGGGGCUGUUGCUGAUAACUGUCCCGAUGCCUUCAUCCAUAUUAUCAGUAAUCCAGUUAACUCUACAGUGCCAAUUGCUGCAGAAGUUCUGAAACAGAAGGGUGUUUAUGAUCCAAAGAAACUCUUUGGUGUUACCACACUAGAUGUUGUGAGAGCUAACACAUUUGUUGCUCAGGAGAAAAACCUCAAACUCAUUGAUGUUGAUGUUCCAGUUGUUGGGGGACAUGCUGGUGUCACCAUUUUGCCUCUGCUGUCAAAGACGAAACCCUCUGUUAGUUUUACUGAUGAAGAGGUAAAAAAUCUAACUGUCAGGAUCCAAAGUGCAGGGACAGAGGUUGUGGAGGCAAAGGCAGGUGCAGGGUCUGCUACCCUUUCCAUGGCCUAUGCAGCGGCAAGAUUUGUAGAGUCAUCUCUUCGUGCUUUGGAUGGAGAUGAUGACGUCUACGAGUGCUCAUAUGUGCAGUCAGAUCUGACUGACCUUCCAUUCUUUGCAUCCAGAGUUAAGCUUGGAAGGAAAGGGAUUGAAACUCUGAUUCCAUCUGACCUCCAAGGGUUGACUGAAUAUGAACAGAAAGCUCUAGAAGCCCUCAAGCCAGAACUGAAGGCCAGCAUUGAGAAGGGAAUUAACUUUGUUCAAAAGCAAUCGGUUACUGCUUAGUUAUCAAGUUUUCGCGGCUCUUACCUAGUUUAAGAACAUUCGUAAGAGAGAUGAUCAAGUUUGGUUGUUUUUGCUGGGGGCUUAGUCCCUGCUUCAAUAAUUUCAGUUUUAUAGGAUGGAAGGUUUUUUAUUUCUUCCCGAACAGAUAAAUCACAAAGUAAUUUAAAUGGUACUUCAGUGUUGUAGGCCCCCAGAAUUUGAUGGUUUUAUUAUAUUGGAAUUUUGGAAUAAUGGUAGCUGGUGCAU